AUGCCUAACCAUAAAGAAACCGGCAUUGUUACUGUGACGGAGUCCACUCGUGAUAGCCAGGAUGACGUCCCCCUGGUUCAUCAAAAAGACAACAUUCUGCUCCGGAAGCUUGGCUACAAGAGCGAGUUUAAGCGGGAAUUCUCGCUCCUAGAGACAAUUUCAUUCUCGAUGGCUAUCCUGGCUGUAUCCUGUGGAAUCACAACCGGUUAUUCCUAUCCUUUACUUUCAGGAGGUCAUUUUGCCAUGGUGUGGGGAUGGUUCAUAGCCUGUAUAUUCGUCAUGUGUGUUGCUGCUUCGAUGGCAGAGCUGGCUUCUUCUAUGCCAACAAGCGCUGGGCUGUACUAUUUUUCAGCGAAAAUGGCUUCGAAGGAACGGUCCGCUCUUGCGUCUUGGAUAACCGGAUGGAGUAAUAUCACAGGGCAAGUAACCUUGAUCUGCUCCAUUAAUUUCAGUUGCACAGAACUCGUCACCACAGCAAUAGCGAUGGGCACGGACGGCGCAGUAGUCUUGGGGUCGGGUGCGACAUUUGGCAUACUGAUGGGUAUCCAUCUCACACAAGCGAUUUUUUGCUCAGCUGGGACUCGUAUUCUUGCCCGAAUGACAGUUGUAACUUUGGUACUCAUUAUGACUACAACGAUUGGAGCAAUUGUCUCCUUACUCGUUUGUGCCGGUGAUCAAAGAGUCUCGUCAAAGGACGCGUGGACAAAGUUUGAGAACAACACCGGAUGGAGCAAUAGCAAGUAUGUCUGGGCUUUUAUUCUCGCUUUUACAUCGCCAAUGUGGUCAUUGACAGGCUAUGACUCUGCUGCGCAUAUCGCCGAGGAAACUGCAGGAGCUGCACGUGCAGCACCUAUCGCGAUUUUAGUGGGGGUUGCUGGCACUGAGAUCCUGGGCUGGCUUUAUUACAUUGCCGCUUCUUAUGCUACAGCCUCGGUUCCAGACAUAUUGCAGACAAAACUAGCACUCCCUCUUGGACAAGUAUUUUUAAAUGUCCUGGGGAAGAAAGGUGCUUUGACCCUCUGGUGCUCUAUCGCAUACCUUUGCGGAUGCUCACAAGCUGUUGACGCCUCACGCGUCAUUUUUGCGUUUUCUCGGGACAACGCUCUUCCCGGCUCGCGGUGGUGGAAGCGCAUCAAUCACAAGACGCAGACUCCGGUGAAUGCUGUAUGGUUUGCGAUGCUGCUCUCUGCCAUUUGUGGAGUAUUGGUAUUUUCUACUGCAGCAUUUAAUUCCUUGGCCUCGGCGUCUGUCAUAGGUUUAUAUAUCUCAUAUGUGACACCUAUCUAUUGUCGUGUUACCUGGGGGAAGGAUAAACUACAACCUGGCCCAUUCAGUCUCGGUUGGUGGUCCUUUCCCAUCGGCUGGAUAGGCAUCGUGUGGGUAGCAUUCAUGGUCGUCAUGUUACUCUUUCCAUACACACAAACAGCCAAUGUGCAAACCAUGAACUACUCGAUAGUGAUUGUCAUGGCCGUCUUCAUAUUUGCCGGAGGAUCUUGGAUAUUCUCUGCGAGACAUUGGUUCACGGGACCCAUUCCGAACGUCGACGAGACCGAUUCCUCGUCGUAUUCAGAGAAACCAGAUAACACAGAGCACAAUAGUCUGGAGAUAUAG